UACUACAACCAACUGUCAAAAAUAGUAUGAUGGUUUUGCAGGAAAACAGGGUUGAAUGGUUUAUUGUAUCAUAAAUUUUGGUCUGUUUUUAUUUUAAUUUUGAUUUAUUUCAUGGCUACAUGAAAUAGUUUUAUCCUGCCAUUUUUAUUACUACAAAAUUUAUCUAACUGAACGUGUAAAAUGUUAUGAUGGCCACUUCAGAAAAUAAUUGGUUGAGUCGUAGAAAAGGCAAAGUUAGUACAAAACUGUUUAAGUUAGACACCAAUAAAAGCAAUGAAGAUAAUAUUAAAGAUAUAAUACAAGGGUUGUAUUUGAAGAAACCAUUCCAGAAUGAUAUUUCACCUACCACUAAGAAUGUGCCCACAGAGUUUAAAUCUGGUCUAAGAGGCAUGCAAAGAAAUAGUUCUGACAGCUGUAGAUUGUCCUACUUAAAUGCCUUAGUCACACUUUUAUGUAAGGAAGACAGAAAUAAUUUGGGAUUUACCACUGAUGAGUUGAUGACAUGUAUUCGUGUGAGCCUUGUGGAUGAGUCUAUGGUUUUAAGAGCAACUGCUCUUAGGGUUCUACGAUAUUUAAUUAAAUCUGAAAAUGAUGUAGCAACUUUUAACCAUUUGAAGCUAUCUUAUUUAGUAGCCAGGUCAAUGGACUUGAUGUUGCGCAAUGAGGAAGAAAGAGCUCAAGCACUGCGAGUGGUGCGGCGGAUCGUGGCAGUGGUGGGCGCGGGCCCGGCGCGCGGGCGCUGCGUGUUCGUAGAGCCCGGGCUGCUGCGCUGUCUGGCGGCCGUGGCGCGCGCCGGCGGCGCUGGCGACGGAGCCGACAGGCUAUCCCGUCCUGCCGUUGCUACCCUAGCUGAGAUAUGUGUGUUAAAUCCUGAACUAUUUAUAUCGUGUGGAGGAGUGAAUGCGGUUACCAGACAGCUAGCAGAAUGUGCGACCCCCCGAAUGGCGGAAGCACUUUGUGGGGUCCUACUACAUACUCUUAACGAUCCCAUCUCGAGGGCUUCGGCAAGAAUAGACUUAACGUACCUCAGUUCUCCAUAUUGUGACUUCCACUUUCGACCAGCCGGCACAGACACCAGCAGGGACGAGCGCGAGAUGCGGUUCACCUGCAGCCGGCUGGCGUUGCUGUGUGUGCUGCGCAGUUGGCCGGGGCUGCUGCACUUCUGUCACCCGCGGAGCCCGGGCGGGCUGCGGGCGCUCGUCUCCGCCUUGUGUCUGCACAGGCUGGAGGUUCGCAAAGCCAUCCUGGACCUUUUAUAUGAACUAGUGGGACUACCACAGCCAGAGUGGACGGAUGAGAUCUCUGUUGCUUUGGAUGCAGUGGACCCAUCUGACUUCCAAGACUCAUGGCGACUCAACGACGGUUUCGUUGCCGCCGAAGGCAUUGCUAUAUUACCUCAUCUUAGCGCUACGGGACCUGAUAUCACUGAAAUCCAUUUAGCCCUAUUACUUCAGUGCUUCCUAGAGGCUGGAUUGCUAGACGGUCUAGCAGAAGUGAUAGUCACAAGCGAUACAUUCAUAUCCGUACGGGCGACAGUGUUACUAGGUCAACUAUUGCAUUUAAUUCACCUAUUUCUACCUCCUCAAAUAUGUAGUAUAACUCCGGCGCUGCCAUCCCUAAUGUCGCAAGCGUCGGAGGGCAAGCCGCAAGCGCUGGCGGCGGUGGCAGCCCUGCGCAGGCUGCACGCCAUGCUGGAGGCCCGGCCCGCCAGCUCCAGCCUCUUCCUCGACCACAUCAUACAGUACUGCAGCGGAGCCUUCAGAGACUCCCUCGAAGACGACACUAAGAGCCGCAAGGAAAAAGACAACGCCAACAUGGCCAAACCUAAAGAAACCCUCCACAAAGAAAGCAGUAUAGAAUUCCUAAACGAAUCUGACAACGAAAACGAACCCAAAAGACACAGUGUGGGCUCCCGAGCGGAUGUCGCGAACAGAAACGUAGGUGUGUUAGUGAAAAGCAAAAGUGUUAGCUCCCGGACUAGUGCUGCUGUGAAUAAAGUGACUAAAUCGGCAAAAUUCUUUAAUCUGUUUGAGAAGGAUAGUGAUAAUUUGAUUAGGUGUACAUUAGUCAUGCAGAACAAGGAUGGCAACACAUGGGAUUGGGAGAUCAUAAGAACCAUAUUGAAGGAAAACGACAGCCACCCGCUGGUGAACCUGAGCGACAGCGGCCACAAGGCAUGGGCGGGACGCAUCAUCAACUACCUGAAGCCCUCCUCCAACAAAUACUCCCACACCGACCUCUCCACCACCGCUCACGGCCACUCUGCCACUCGGGCUGGCUGUCAGCUCAUCCGGCAUCUCUUGAGGCACAAUGAUGCUGACUGUCAAAGACUUCUAGAAGAGCUAUUCCUAGACGUGAGUCGUCAGAUCAAAGCCAUAGAGACCGGCUUGAAAGCGCACGGCUGCCUGUUCAGUCCGCAACACAUGUGCAACACUAUGUGCCAGAUGUACUUCCUCUUCAUUGGCCAGCUUUGCCACUCACACUCCGGCCUGCGACUCUUCAAGCAGACGGGAUUGUACGAAAAUCUCUUGGAACUUUCGACAAAGACUCAUCACAGCUGCUACGUAAAGUUGGUGAUAUCGAGUUUAGACUACACCCUAGACUCGUACCCCCGAGAUAUUCUUGCCAAAACUCUCACAUGCAACAUACAAGCCUCAAGACUUUACACCACUCAAUUCCUAAACGUGUUGAUGCGGGCUUCGAGAAAAUCUCGAGACUUAGUGCGGAGGAAGUCGAAGUUGAAAAAGAAUUUCGUCCAAGAACAUCUGAAGUCUUCGCAGAGAGAUGACGAUAGCCACGGGGUCGACAUGGACACGUGGCUAUUGCAAGUAUUAGUUGGGCAAGUGAAGGAUGAGUCUAAGCCGGUGGUCAAAUGCGCACUCGCUAUAUUGGAAGAGGCUUAUAGUGUACCAGUAUAUUUCGAGAAAUUGAUUGCGAUGAAAGAUACCCUGUGCCAAAACUGCCGGCUGGACAAGCACGGCGACCCGGCGUCGUUCGAGUUGGCGAGCGUGGGCGACCGCGGCUACUUGCUGUGGCUGGGGCUGGAGGUCGCCGCCGCCAACACCGCCGACCCCGCCGCUGUCGCCUUUCUUAAUAGGCAUAUGGAUUUCUGGACUAAAUCUUACAACUACAGGUACGUGCGGCUGGUGGAGGCGGGCGUGCACGAGGCGCUGACGCUGAGCGGCGGCGCGCGCGGCGCGCGUGCAGGCGGAGCGCGCGCACGCCGGCACGCGCGCGCGCCGCCACAUCUCUACGCUGCGCUCGCCGCGCGUGCGCACGCCGCUCUGGCCGCCGUGCUGCCACACCACUACAAGAUAAUACAGCGCAAGAAAUGUGGUACGGAGCAAGAAGCGGCCGAUUUGAAGGCUUCUCUCUGGGCGGUUGGCAGCACUGCCUCUACCCCGACGGGGCUGCAGCAAUUGAUGACUCUGUCCAGCGGUUACUUGGAUGACUCUGUGCUGGUUCAUAUUGUGCGGUUGGCUAAAUACUGCGCGGUCUAUUCAGUCAGGGCUACGGCGUUUUACGUGUUGGGAUUGAUCGGCAGCACGUAUGAUGGCGCCAAUUUGCUGUCGGAAUUAGGAUGGCUUUGUGUAAGACACACGAGACACGACCAGUUCCCAGUAAUACCAGAUGAAACCUAUCCGUCCGUAUACGACUCCGUCGGCUUCCUCACAUCUCCCGACCGCCGUCAUUACGACACGGAAACGAGCGAACAUUCCGACCACACCGACCAAAGCAUGGCCGAGAGCCUCCAUUCUGACAUCACAAGACAUCUUAACAAAGUUGGGUCAAUCUUGACUGAACCGGACUUGAAAAGCCACGAUGUGGUUGAUAAAGGAGCGUAUGAAAAGAGAGAACCCGAUAAAAGGAAGUCUCAUACAUUACCGACUCAAGGAUGUUCGAGUGCCCACGAUCGUCCAAUGCUUUCGGAGUCUAGAACUGUGGAUAUUCUCAGGGAUUGUCCGAGCUUCGAGCGACCAGGACAUAGGGAGAGCAGGCUCGUGAUUGGUAGAAUGAAUUCUUUGGAGCAUGCGCAUGAAGGCCGAGUGAGGAAUACUAGUGAGUCUAGUACUAGUGGCGUGAGCAGCUGCGACUCCUUCCUCGGGAAAUAUGCUAUUCCCGACCGCGUGCUGACGCUGAGCCCGAUCCCGAGCUCGUCGAGCCUGCACGCGUCGCGCGCGCGCGCGUCCGGGCUGCUCCGCCGCACCUCCAACUCCAGUUUCGGGCCGGACGUGGCCAGUUCGCCGCCGAGUCAGCUGGACAUUACUGGAUAUGCCACGCUCAAGUCGCUGAACAGGCACAGGAGGCCCCACCUGUCCGAGAGCGCGGCGACGGGCUCCAGCGACCUGGACGAGCUGAGCUGGCUGCUGGCGGACAGCGGCCGCCGCUCCAAGCCCUUCUCCUCGCUGCGCGACCGCGCCAAGUCCACCAGGGAGCGCAUCACUAAACUCAGCCUGUUGGAGUACGACUGGAAGCCCCUGAGUAGCAGCUCGCCGCCGCGCACGCAGCCGCCGCCCGCCGCGGGCCGGCCGCCGCCUGCCGCGGGCCGCACGCCGCCCGCCGCGCUCCACUCUCCCGCAUACAUCGGCAUCUGUCUGCCCGAGCGGUUGGCCGAUCUGUUCCCGAGGGACGAGGAAACAAAAGAAGACGAGGCGGACUACAAGCCGCCGCGGCGCAACCGCGUGCCUUCACUGUUGGUGGACUCCAGCACCAGCACAGAUAACAAAUCGCGCGCCACGCCCGACAGCCAGAAAUUAACCUCCUACAAAGAUAUAACAUCGUUCAGCGGUAUCCGCCUCGACGGAUCAAACCCAGCGGGCGCUCAUCAAACCAAAGAGAAAUCCGUCAAAACCAUAGCCAGUGUUGUAGAAGAGUCUGAAAACGUCGCGACGACCAGCAAGGAGGAGGAAGGGAAGGAUAAAGGGGAGGACAACAGUCUGAGUAUGACGUCACGGUCCAACAAGUGGAAGUGGAAGCAUUCGGCAGCGGAGUGUUUGGCGUGCGUCCGGACGAGGCCGCCGAGUUCGCACGAAUUGAGAGAGGCUUUCUUUGCCCCCCCCGCGAGCCCGGCCGCCAGCCCCGAGCAGUGUCCGCGCCAGGAGAUCCUGCAGCAGGUGCACCUCAUGGCCAACCCCAUCUACCUCCGCCAGACGCGCUCGAACCUGAUAUCUCUCAAGCAGCGGCACCCGGACGUGUUCCGCAGCGCGUGCGUGUACUCGGACGUGUGCGCGCUGCUGGCGCGCGACAGCUACCUGCUGUGCGCGCGCCGCUUCCUGCAGGAGCUGUUCCUCGACGCCAGCUUCCACAGCUUCGCGCCCGACCUCGCCGCGCUCGCGCACAACCACCACAUCCCACUGCAAUAACACCCACACAUACACACGCUCUAUCUAUAAACUGUAUUAAAUAAAUGAGGUGUGUCCUCUUAACCGGCCAUACUAGGGGUUUCGAACGAUGUUCAUUGAUAUGGAGAUGCCAAAAAUAUGUAGAGCGUUCCGAUUUUUCUACUCUUUAUAGACAGGCUCAAAAUAUAAUCGGAAACAUUUAUUUUUUGUCUGGACAUAUCACAAGUAACGAUGAUACCGACGAGGAAUAUAGGAGUUUCCUCUAUAUAGGUUUAUUAUAACAUAUGAGUUGCACUUAUAACUAACAGAUUACUUAAUACAAUAAUAUUAUUUAGCGUACAUUUGUGUGUCACUUCUAUCAUUACUAAUGUUCAAAAGAAAAACCUAAGAAAAUCGAUAUAAGAUAUAGUGAUGCGAUACACUGCCAACUGAUCCUAUUUGUGGUCGUUGUAAACUGAUAAUUAUUAAUAUAAAAGUCAGUAAAUACAGAAAAAUUGCGGCAAACUAUGCAUGAGAAGGGGUGCCUCGCCUUCUUUAGUAUAUUAUUAUUAAAUUAACAUUCGCGAUAAGUUAAUUAUAAUUUUUAGUGUAAAUAGCUUCGUUUUCCUUUUAGUGACCUCAAUCAUAAACUUUGUAUGUUGUAGUGUUAUUACUUUAUGUUUUACCCGACUGCCAAAAAGGGCUGUUUUAACUAACUUUUUCGUAUUAAUGAUGAAUAAUGCCUUUAAAUUAUUCCCUAGUCGUGUCGAGGUCGUAAUAUGAAGGCGGCUCCAUAUGGAUUUGCUGUAAGUCAAAGUAAUAUAAUGUCAUAUCUAUUGUUGAUUAUGUAGAAUUACUUUUGGUACGACUUCCUAUUAGUGGUAUUCUCAAUAUUAUGUAUGUCUUAUUUAUACAACGUGAUUACAUGUGUUGAGUGUAUUGUUAUUAUAAGAAUAUAAAACAAUUGUAUUAUAAACUUGAAUUUUCACAUGAAUUUGGAAAUUUUAAUAAACUAUAUAAAAAUAAGGUAUUAGGUAUUGCUUACUUGAUAAUUUAUAUUAUUUUAAGAUAAGGUAUUUAAGACCCUAAUUGAUAUGUCAUAGGAAGAAUCUGUUAAACUUGUAUUUUAACAAUCAUUUAUGUGAUUUUUAUUCUACUGUUCCUUUGUAAUAAUUUGAUACCUGUGUUAUGAUAAUUGACAGCUAUCUAUACUUACCUAUUUUUUGCAUUUAUAUUACUGUUAUAUUAUUUUCAGUAACUGCGGUUUUACUGGGAAGUUGCAAUGUCUGUCCUAUGUAAAUGCUUACCAGCUUACACAGCAUCUAGCUAAAUUAAAGUUUAUGAAGGGUAGAAAAUUAAUGAGUGUAUUCACUUCGCCCAAUCUCGACAAUUAGAUUUGGUAUCACAAUGUAAAAAAAUAAUCGUUUUUUGCUCUUUGUUACCUGACUAUAUAGUGAUAUUGUGAGCUGGCACGCAGCUGCGUACGACAGUGAUGUCACCUUCAGAGUGUGGCCCCAUUUCUGUUUAGGCUCGUCGCCUACUAAACCCGAUCCAUUCCCUCUCCCUUAACUUUAAGUGAUGAUCCUAGUGAUGUAUCCCACCUAACGAAUGACGCAAACUGUUUCCUAUAUUUUUUAGAUUUUCCGAAUGCCAAUAUGUGUUAUAGAUUAUACAUCUACUAUUGUGUUCAAUUUGUUGUCUUAUUAUUUUUGCAUUUAAUUUACUUAUAUUGCUCCUUGAUUGUUGUUAUUUAUAUGAACAGAACGGAGUGACGAUUUAUGUUAUAAUUUCAAUGAUUUAAUGAAUUCAGUGUUAAUAAGGAAUAGAAAAAAUAUGUCUCAAUUACUAUUUGUUAUGACUUCAUCUAUGACUUGUUAAUAUUCAAAAGUAACAUAUAGGUUAAGUUAAACUUUGUUUUAUUUUUAAUCUAAAGAACUUUCUUAAUGGUACACUACAGUAUUCUAGAGACACCUCCUGUUUAGCCUACUUCUGCAUUUAAAUAUCCUAGCAUUUUUUAUCGUAGUCAUUCAGUUCAAUUUCAAAAUAAGUACUAGUCUUUCUUUAUCUAUGUUAGGAAGAUAAUACUAACAUCUAAAACAUUUGCAGACAAUGUGUAAUAAAACGAUAUUUUAUAAGCCAAUCUAUUGCUCCUUACUCAGCUUUUGCUUUUGAAUUCUUUGGUACAAAGACCUACCUACUAUAUUGUUUAUUAUUGUGUAAUGAAAAUGCCUCGUAUGAAAAUGAAAGAAUUCAAUUUCUUACAAUUGUCAUAAUGGCCGAAUCAAGUCAGUGUCAUUGUUCAGUAUAAUAAAAUGUUAUUUUAUACUGUA